GAGUGUGUGGCCGGUGUUCUGCUCGGCGGCUGCUUUUGUUUGAGCGGGUACCUCGUCGUCCUGGAAUAAAACGUUAUUUUUGUCGUCCACCUCUCGAAAGAAAGUAAGAUUGCUCAGCAUGUCUGUGGGUAUCGAAUCUGGUUUUUCUAAUGACGAGGUGCUGUGCGCGCGCUUCCCGCUGCACCGCGCGUGCAGGGACGGCGACGUGCGCGCGCUCUGCUCACUGCUUCAGCUGCACGGCGGCCGAGCCGAGAUCCACACCGAGGAUUCGCUGUACGGCUGGACUCCGAUUCACUGGGCUGCUCACUUUGGAAAGCUGGAGUGUGUUUUACGACUGGUUGAGGUGGGCUGUGAGGUGAACUCUGUGACGACACGAUUUGGACAGACUCCGGCACACAUUGCGGCAUUCGGAGGACACCCAGAGUGCCUGUUGUGGCUCUUGCAGGCUGGUGCUGAUAUCAACAGACAGGACUUUGUAGGUGAGGCUCCCAUCCAUAAGUCUGCAAGAGCAGGUAGCAUGGAGUGUGUCAAUGCCCUGUUGAUCUCAGGCGCUACACCAGAAUUACGGAACACAAAUGGACUGACUGCAGCAGACCUGGCUCGGGCACAAGGCUUUCAUGAGUGCGCUCAACUCCUGUUCAAUGCAGCAAAUCAGCUCAGGCAAUUAAAUGGUUUUGGUCGUAAUGGAACUGAGCACGCAUGCAUAAAAGGGCGGAGUCUUCUAAAUGGAGUAACCAAUAGGAAGAGGCUCCACGAAUGCUCCGAGUUCAAUCGUGUCAAGAAAGCAAGAGUUGAUGGUGUGGAUUUCCCUGUAAAGACAAUCAAUGGGACAGAGCUGGAGAGUAUGCAUGUGGAAUCCACUUCAGCCAGCCAAUCAGAUGGCACCAUAGAAACAGCCACAGGCUUAAGCAGUGGCUACAUGCAGAAGAGCUAUACCCCAAACGGUCACUGCCAGCCACUCCAGCCACUUGCUGAGUCUGAUGGGGACAUGUGCGGCUCGCUGCAUCUCAGUGGCAGCCCCGGCGGCUGUACGUCUCAAAGGCCGGCGUGGGCCACGUUCCCAUCAGAUGUUGGUAAUCACCUGCACUACGGCUACUACCACGGCUUUGGAGACACGGCCGAAGACCUGGAGGACGCCGCAAGCCAUCAUGAACACUGCAAGACUGUAAAGCUUGAGCAGCAUUACCACCAGGAGGUGGUACAUGCCAUGCUAUUGUUUCACGGCUCGUGAGGGGUUGGAGUGCUUCCUUUUGCUAGAGGUGGUUGUGUUUUUUGGAAAAGCGCCCCAGCUGCCUUAAAUUUAACGCUUUAUAUAAUGUAACACUUAAAAAGCACCUUAAAAAGCAACAGUAAAGUCGUUUUGAUUAAUUACCAAAGGGAUAUUUGUUUUUGUAUCCGAUGUUUGGUAAUUAUUUUGUUCAUGUUUUUUUGUAUGGUUGAAACUGAUCAAAUGUAGAUGAUUAUUUUUAGAGUGGUGUUCAGAAAUCAUAUUUUUCACUUUCCCUCUGCAGGAGGUUGAGGACUGAUUUGAAUAGACUUUGUAUUGUUUGACCAUUUGUAAGUUCAUUUGUUUUUUGGGGUUUGUGCCAAUUUCCACCCCCUACAUUGCUUAGCAUUAAGAUGUUUUGUACUGCAAAAAAAAGUAUUGUUCUUCUUUGUGUUGACUUCUUGCUGUUUAGUUAAAUGGAUUGUGUAUGUACAUUUACUCCUAAGUUUAAGAAUAUCUGGGUUUUUUUUUUUCAAAGAUUGAAACAUUUUGACAUUGUCUUGAUCUUGUCUUGAGAUAUAAAAUACAAAAUUUAAAACAG